UAAAUAGGGUCAAAGUGCAAAAUUUAAACCCCCAUAAUUUCUACAUUUUCAUAGACAGAUUUUUUUAACAUUUUUUCCAUUUUCUUGACACUUAUGUUUCUCUGGGGCGCGAAUUCUGAAACAUCUUUUACACCUUUGAAAACAGGGUAAAAAUCUUUAAAAAAUGUGUGCUGAAGGGUGAAUAAUACCUUAAAAUUAUUAGACAAGCAUGUCUUAGCACUAUUGUUAUCAUUAUUGUGUCUUAAGCCUAUUUAUUUAUGAAUUAUGAUCCAAACAACCUAACCUUGAAAAAAUGACAUUUGUCUGAAAGCCGGUUUUAUUCAAUUUUACCACUUUAUUGCCUCUUAUCGCUAUGUGAACCGGUCCAAAUCAGUAAAAUGAGUAUUGUAUCAAAAUUGUGCUUGACCGUUUUUGAAAUCGUAAACGAGCUCUACAUUGGGGUUGGAGCUGGGGUUGUGGGGCUAGCAGUCUUGAUAAAUCACGGUUACAAGACCAAUCAGCUGUUGAGGACCCUCACCGUCUCUGCAGUAUCCUUAGGAAGCCUCAUCUACGUGUUCCAAAGUUCGGCCGAAUUGAAAACCCCGAGUUUGAAACAAAUUAUUCUCAUUUCUGGUUGCGACUCGGGUUUGGGGUUCUCCCUCGCGAUCCACGCCGCGAGGAUUGGGUUCACCGUCGUCGCCGGCUUUCUGGACCUGGAAUCCCCGGGGGCGAAGGAAAUCAAGCAGUUUCACCGGAAGAUAACCCAAAUUCACUUAGAUGUGACAAGCAAAGAGAGCAUUUUUGUGGCUGUUGAAACGAUAAAUCAGUACCUGAAUAGCAACCCGAGCUAUGAGUUCUACGCCCUUGUUAACAACGCCGGGGUUAUGGUUUUUGGGGAAUUCGAGUGGCAAACUGAAAGACUGAUCCACCAACAAGUCCACGUCAAUUUAAUGGGGACUAUGAACCUCUCACGGGCUUUUAUCCCGCUCCUCAGGAAAUAUCACGGUAGGAUGAUUAAUAUUACAAGUCAUUGUUCCUUCACUUGUCUCCCUGGAUUGGCAGUUUAUGGGGCCACCAAAGCCGGGGUUAAGGCCCUCAGCGACGGUUUGAGGAUAGAAUUGGGGAAAUAUGGGGUGAAAGUGGUGAUGCUCACCCCUGGGUCUUUUAUAACUCAAUCGAAUAUCAUGGCGAAGCACCCUGAGCACGUCCAUGAGAUGCACCGGGGGUUCACUAAGGAGCAGAGGGGCUUCUAUGAGGACUAUUUCCAGCGGUACCAUGCGUAUUUACUCGGGAUUACAGCGCCUAAAAUCCCUAAACCGAUCCAAGACCCCACUUUGUAUCGAAAAUUUGAGGAGGCUUUGUGUCUGGAAGCCCCAAAACCGGCCUACAAAGUCGAGCCUUUUCGCUACGCUUUUUACCACUUUUUAUUCAAAAUAAGUCCCACGCCGUUGCGAGACUUCUUCAUUGUGAAAUUUAUGAACAUGCCUGAAUAUCACAUGACUCAGAUCUGGUAGUUUUAUGCCAAAUUUUAUUUUAUUUUAAUAAAAAAACACGAUUUU